CGACGAAGCCCUUUUUGUGAGCAGAUCAACGUCUGACAUAUAGUCGUCUUGGACACCACCACUUUCAUCAAUCGUAUUAUUUAACUCCGAAGGUGCUUUUUGUAGAGGAGAGAAUCAUCAAAGGGCGUUAAAUACCUUGCCCUUGACUCGCAACAGAAACUCUCAGGUUGUUGUUCACAUUCAUUUACUCUCUAACUCGUCAUACAAUUUUAUCUGAUUGGCAGAAUGAUGCCUGUCACUCGCUCUGCCAACCCAAAUUCACUAUCAACGUCAUCCAAAGCCAAAACUUGCUCUAGUGUUGGAAUGACCACAGAUCUUUCAACUCCAGGCACGUCUCCGCGCCGUGCUCCACACUGCAAGACAUGCCACCGACCCAGGCAGGGACAUCCUCGCUCCGGCUGUCCUUAUAUUGAGCCUACGAUGUCGGAUCAGACUAGUGGUGCCACAGAAGAUAUCGUGGACGAAAUGUCAUCCUUGCGCAUUGUAAAUUUCAAUGACGAGCGUUCUUCUGUUUCCACUGAAACACCCACCCAAUCCAAGAAUCUCAAACGCCGACUCUCUGUUCGUUUUGCCCUUCUUCCAGCGGGAAGUCUCACUUCACUCUCCACCACAUCUUCCGAAAUCGUAGAGAGACUUCUCCAACCAGGAAUGAUGAGUAACGUGUCCGAUGGUGAAGAUCAUGAAGAUCAUGAUGAUGGUGGUGGUGGUGGUGGCGAUGGCGAUGAUCAGAGAGCAAUAAUGCGAUGGAGACGGACUUUAACUAGUCCUGAAUCACCUCCGGAUCAGGCUCCAGAAAUCAGCUCCAGGGCGGGAAACGAGCCAUACACAACUGGUCGUGCUAGUCCGGGUACCGGCCUGUCACGUCUUAUGCCGUGCACGCUGCGGACUCCAACUGCGAGCCUAGUGUCCACAGAACCACUUUCUAGCCACCCCACAAAUGACUUCGUCGAUAUGAACAAAACUGUCUUCCUUGAUGCCGAUUGCGAAAGGAAACCAAAUCCUUUGGCACGAACAAUGAGCGCAGAUGAGAGAUCAUUAUUCCUCGAUAAUCUCACGCAAUCAUCAGGGGUUGCACCUGCCAUGUUAUUCUCCGUCCCAUUGAUCGAUCUCAAGGCUGUACAGUGCGACGCAGAAAAACUAGGUUUCAGCGUCCGAGUGCUGCCCAAUGGAAGCUCACAAGAGCACCGAUGGGUUAUAUUGGCUAAGGAGGGGGAUGCAGCGGAAUUCCUUCAACAACGUCUGACGGAGGAAGAAGAGAAAGGGCGGAAAAAAAAGGGGAAUCUCGGUGUUGCCGCUGGCGGAGCACUGGUGGGUGCUGUAGCGACAUUCACGGGACUGGCGUUUUCUUGAAAUGACUUUCCUUGUCCAAUACAUUGACAACCAGUUCAUUCAUAAAGUACUUUUACGCAAAUCUGCAUGCUAGUAGUGUGUAUUGUUAGUUUUGACUUGC